AUGAACCUCCCCACUUUCGCUGCAUCGCCAUGUUUCCUCGACUUUGAUCCAAGCCAAUCAAACCGAUCGCACACAGCUACAUCCUCAGCAACGGAAGAGAAAGACCUGCCAUGGAAAAUGACUGACCCAUUGAUCAGGGCUCAUGCUCCAUCGAGAGUUUCGUACUAUUUCCCCAAAGGCGUCGGAGAUUACCAUUUCGGGAAAGGGCAUCCCAUGAAGCCCCAUCGACUCACAAUCCUCAACCAUCUCGUGGCCGGUUAUGGCUUGCAUCAUCACAUGGAAUAUCACUCCCCCCGGCUGGCAAGUCGAGAAGAAUUAGGCUCGUUUCAUUCAUCAUCUUAUCUGGAUUUCCUAGAGCGAAAUAACAUACGACUAGGAGAAGAUCCCAAGACCAACAAUCCAGCGAAAAAUCCAGGCGACCACAACACGGGAGAAGACUGUCCGAUGUUUGACGGGAUUUACGACUUCUGUCGUCAAUAUGCCGGUGCAAGCUUAAUGGCCUCCCGGAAACUCAACUCGGGUACUUCAGAUAUCACAAUUAACUGGUCUGGUGGUCUACAUCACGCCAAAAAAUCUGAAGCUUCCGGGUUUUGUUACGUGAAUGAUAUCGUGAUUGGAAUUAUUGAGCUCCUGAGGAUCCAUCCCAGAGUACUUUACAUCGAUAUCGACAUUCACCAUGGAGAUGGAGUCCAAGAGGCAUUCUAUCUCUCGAAUCGAGUGUGCACAGUCUCAUUCCACAAGUACAACGGGGAAUUCUUCCCCGGUACGGGUACGAUUGACGAAUUUGGAUACGGGCUAGGGAAAAACUUCAGCUUCAAUCUGCCACUCUCGGACGGAAUCGAUAAUGAAAGUUAUGUGAAUCUUUUCCGUUCGGUCAUGGAACCAAUCAUUACCACAUUUAGACCAAGUGUGAUCGUCCUUCAAUGCGGGGCGGACUCACUGGGUGGAGAUCGACUGGGUGGCUUCAACAUUAGCAUUGCCGCGCAUGGUGAAUGUGUUCGGUUUAUCAAGGCUUUUCGGAUCCCGCUUAUGGUUUUGGGUGGAGGAGGCUAUACACCACGUAAUGUGGCGCGCUGUUGGACUUAUGAAACGUCGCUGUUGGUCUCUGAUACCUGUCCCAGUAUAUCCAAUCACCUACCCUCGACGCCCUACGACUCGAUAUUCAAAGAUGAACCCCGUCUACAUGUCAAUCUGGUCACGAAGGUUGACAACAGCAACUCAAAAAAGACACUCGAAGGUCUCCGGAUCGGGAUUCUCGAACGUUUGCGAUAUAUGCAUGGAGCGCCGAGUGUUCAAAUGCAAUUGAUCCCCCCUAGCUUAUCACAAUGGCUCGAAGAAGAAGAAGAAAUAAUCGAGAAGGAUCGGGAGAAGGCAAUAGAUGAACGACCCUCUCAGUCCCGCUCGACCGGUCUCCUCGACUACUUCCCCACCAGCGCAAGGGUUCCAACGACUACCACUGCUCCUGACCUAACUUCGGGCCUCAAGAGUUUGCCUGCAUCGCGGACGAGAGCCAACUAUGGCCUCACCAAUCCCGGUCGCAAACGCGCUCAGACUGCUAAGUCUAGCACUCAAUCCACCGCAGUGCAGGAUAAACUGAAAGACGACGUGGCCCGCGCGCAGGCAUCGGGUAGUCAUGGCGAUGAUCGUAUGCAAAUUGAAUGA